AUGGAUCUUGCAUUGGCGAGCUUCUCUUUCUCCAUACCAUCUAUUUACGAUGGCGGCAAGCUUGAGUGUCGCAUAUAUCUCCCGCCCGCUUUCAAAAAUAUAGAAUCAGCGACUAGCUGGCCUGUCCGCGGUGCGAUAGUCGCACAUCCUUAUGCGACCUUAGGAGGAUGCUACGAUGAUCCAGUCGUCAGUUUCAUCGGCGAUGAGUUAUUACACGCCGACUACAUUGUGGGAACAUUCAAUUUUCGUGGAGCUGGGAGUUCCCAAGGACGCACAAGCUGGACUGCAAAGCCCGAGCUUGGAGAUUAUGUGUCGUUCUACGGGUUCAUGUUGCAAUACCUGCACUUAUUGAAGCUUGCAUUGGCCCGGAGAGAUCAAACAGACUCUUCCAACCCUUGUAUAGCCACCGACGGAGCAAAAACUCGCUCGGAUGUGCACCUCAUUCUUGGUGGCUAUUCAUAUGGGUCUAUGAUCGCGUCGCAUGUACCGGCCCUUGAUACCAUGCUUCACCUCUUCCAAACUGUGCCAACGGCAACUACAACCAAUCAAACACCCAUGACCAAGAUCAAGGAGGCGGCAGAGCGGAUAGCCGCAUCUACCCUGGACAGACUCGAAAUCCAUUACACUUUGGCUCACACCUCAGACCUCACUGCAUUGAAUACAUCCAUUUCCUAUCUCCUCGUGUCCCCCUUAUUACCCCCGGUUAGCCAGCUGCUGACUAUAUUCUCGACCUUGUCGCUGAAUGUGAAAACGGAGACCCCGCAAGGUCCCCUCAUUCCCUGUCCGCGUCUGGCAGACCAGCAGAGCACACACCCCGUUUUAGCGCUCUUCGGGGACCAGGACACCUUUACCUCUGCUGGAAAGCUGCAGAGGUGGUCAGACGAGAUGGCGCACAUGCCGCGCAGUCAGUUCCGAUUUCGGAUGAUUGAUGGCGCGGGCCACUUCUGGCGUGAGCCUGGGGUUGAGAUGCGAGCCAGACACGCUCUGAAGGAAUGGCUCGGUCAGAUCUGA